AUGUUCUUUGGGCAUCCGAUAGGCGAAGAACUAGCUGCGGAGCUCGUGGAGGGGACCAAAGGGGCGAUGUCCAAAGUGUACAUGAUGUGCUCUGGCGCCGAAGCCGUCGAGUCCGCCAUGAAAAUGGCGAGACAAUACUACAUGGAGCUCAGCCCCAAGCAGCACAGGCGCAUCAACUUCAUUGCGCGCGAAGGUUCUUAUCACGGCUCAACUCUGGGCUCCUUGUCAUUGAGUGGUCACGUCGGAAGACGGAAGCUUUUCCAAGACAUGUUGCUCAAGAACAUUCACCGUGUAUCAGCUGCCAACGAGUAUCGGGGCAAGGCCGACGACCAAACAACGGAGCAGUACGUGCAGCAACUGGCAGCUGAGCUAGAUCACAAGUUCCAGGAGGUUGGGCCUGAUACGACCCUUGGCACAGUCCCUGCCCCUGCGGGCUAUUUCAAAGCCAUGAAAGAGGUGUGUGAAAAAUACGGAGCACUCCUCAUUAUGGACGAGGUCAUGUCUGGAAUGGGUCGUGUUGGAUCGCUUCACGCGUGGGAGCAAGAGGACGUCGUCCCAGACAUUGAGACCAUUGCCAAAGGUCUGGGAGGAGGAUUCGCACCAGUCGCAGCUGUUCUCAUCAACCACCGCGUGGCAAAUGCGUUGACAGAUGGGAGCGGGACGUUCUCCGACGGACACACAUACCAAGGCCACCCUGUGGGAUGUGCCGCCGCACUGGAGGUCCAGCGGAUCAUCAAGGAAGACAAUCUGGUGGACAAUGUUCGCGAAAACGGCAAGUAUCUCGGCCAGCUUCUGCACGAACACCUAGACGGCCACCCGUAUGUGGGUAACAUCAGAGGCAGAGGCUUCUUCUGGUCGCUUGAAUUUGUUGCGGAUAAAGGGUCGAAAGAGCCAUUCCCGCCAUCAGCCGGCAUCGCGAGCAAGGUUCACACGACCGCGCUCAACGACACAGCCAUCAGCUUGUAUCCGGGCACAGGCACCAAGGACGGUGUGAAUGGGGACCAUGUCCUGCUUGCCCCUGCUUACACAAGCACGAGGAAGGACGUUGAGAGGAUCGCUGACAAGGCCGAAACCACCCCUAACCGAGCAUUCUGGGAUCGCAAUUUCACGAGAUCCGUCCAGGCCUGCUGCAGCAAUCUCUGCCAUCACCGCCAGACAGCAUCGCGAUUCAAGAUGAGGCUCACUCAUCAACUCGCGGCUGUGGCUGCCUUUGUGCUGCCAGCCGCUGCGACGCAAUGGACUGUCACGUCGUACUAUGUCGCCACCGAGACGACGUCUGUCUGGACCAUGUAUGAUGAGACGUACACGGACCUGAUGACCUUUGGUCUCCAAAAGACGUACACGCCUGACGAGGAUGCUGCAACGUCGACGUCGAGCUACAUCUACACGUAUGAUGAUCUCAAGGUUGUCGAGAUCUACGUCGACCCUGCCAAGAUCGAGGAGGACCAGAUUGUGACCUCGACCUCGUACGAGUACUCCUACGACGCCCCAGAGACCUAUUACGUCCAGAACAUUGUCUACACGGCUCCGACGUCGUGUCCCACUGCUUUCACUGUCACCACGCGGUCCACCUUGGCUAUUCCCACCGAGGUGCUCGACGGCGUCAGCUUCGAGUCCCUGUCCACAUCCUACUCCACAGACUACUAUGGAGAUAGGUACACGUACGUUGACGCUGUCGUGCCUGACAGUCUAAUCCCCACGUCGUCCAGCGACUUGGCCGACGACUACGUCUACUCGUACUAUAUCGCCGACUGUCGCAACCCUACCGCCACGGGUGAUGCGUUCUACGGCCCUUCCUACUGGGGCAGCGACGACGACGACGACGACUCUUCUUCUUUCACCAGCGGAAGCAGUGAUGACUACGACUCCAUCUGGGGAUACCAGCCCCUGCGGACCUACGUGAUCGUCGUCGCCUCGGUCAUCCCUAGUAUCUUCCUCCUCGGCUUCUUCGAGAACUACUUUUGGUUCCGGAGGAUGAUGACCGGCAAAUUCUCCCUCCGCUUUGGUACCUGCUGCUGGAUUUUCCUCCUCCUGCCGGUCAUGUGCUUCACGCGCCAAUGCCCAGCCCGUGACUCAGAGACGCAAAAGGCCCUCAAAGCCCAGUGGAAGCAGACCGGCUUCGGCAAGGCGCUGGGCCUGUGGUUCAAGCACGGCUUCCGCCAUCGCUACCCAGUCGAUUUGCUCGGCGUGAAUCCAGUGUACAACAACCCAGCGCAACCACAGCAGCCUCCCAUGGGCCAGCCCUACCCUGGUGGUCCCCCACCGCCCGGUGGCUACAUCUACUACGGCCCUGGCCCGCAGCCGGAUGGCUCCAUGUCUUCUCAGGGCGAUGCGAAGGGAAUGCCGCCCCAUGGCAUGCCACCCCAUGGCAUGCCGCAGCCUCCACCAGGCAUGGUCAUGUAUUAUCCUCAGUAUCCCCAGCAGGCGUACAUGCAGCCCCAGCCUGCUCCCGCUCCCGGUGCGUCACCCAGCUCGCCGAGCGUAGUGUCCGACGCAACGCAACAAGCCCAGUACGCGCCCACCCAAGCGACGGCACCGAGCCAGGACGCUUCGGCGCCGCAGACAGUUCCGCAGCCGCAGGAGCAGGAGCAACAUUUUCCCAGUGGGCAACCGGGGCCUUCUGCGCCUCCGGCUACGCACCAGCAAUGA